GCUCUAUUGUGGGACAUUUCAAGGACUCUUGGGGGCCCUCUGGUAGCCACGGGGCCCUAAGCAGCCGCUUAGGUCGCUUAUGGGUUGGGCCGGCUCUGCGUGGGAGUAUUUUACUCUUAAUGCCAACAACAACAUGGUAGUCUGUAGACUUUGUAAAAUGCAUCCCUGAGUCAGGAUAACAGCAGCAAAGCACCGUAAGUUCUGCUCACCUUUUUGUCCCUUUCCCUCCCAAGUAGAGUUUAGAUUCUCUGCCCGAACCCGAACCGGCCAGGUCGGGCCCAUAUGUCCCGCCACUAUCCUUGGGCCGGGCCGGGCCGGGACCUUAAUGAAGUAUUUGUGUUUUUUUACUUUAUUAGCCUAAUUGGGUGGGGAGAAAGCUCUGCCUCUCCAGCUUCUCCCGUAGCUCUGGGUAUAUGCCCUGCACUGACUUGAGUGUGAGGUAGACUCUGCUAAAUCGUGUCUCCCCCAUCUGUGGCACUGUCUUCCGUAAUUGCGCAAACAGGCCAGAUUGUUUCAGAUAUCUCACUAGUCCUUUAUAACGUCAGUUAUAACGGCCCACAUAUUAAAAAACUGUCGGGUUAAAAUCGGGCUCGGGCUCAUAAUUCCAGUUAAUGUGUUGGGCCGGGCCCGCACGCAACGUGCACUGUACACGUGUGCGAUUAUCAACAUAGUGACGGAAUGUGUUCCCACUAGUAGCCCAACGGUAGUUAGUCCGGUGAUUCGUUUUAAUGCACCGCUAUGACUUAACAAUAAGCAUCAUCAAACACUGUCAGUCGACAGUGUCAUUAUUUUGGUUUAUCAUGAGUGACCCAAUAAAUUACAGACCGUUACAUUAGACACUCUGCAACUUACCUUAUGUUGGCUUUAUUUGAUACAUCUGAUUUAUUAUUAUUAUUUAUUGAAAUUUCUUUUGUGUAAAUUGUUAAUAAUUGUGCAAUGGGAAUAAAAACGCUAAAUGAAAAAUGUAUCGUUAGAUUAGUCGACUAAUCGAAAAAAUAAUUGCUAGAUUAAUCUUUUCAAAAAUAAUCGUUUGGGACAGUAAAGAAAGUUAAAAAUAGUAACCGACAAUGUUUGCCUCUCUUUAGGUGGCAGAAGUGAACAUUAGUCUUCCUCAGCAUUUGUUGUGUAGGCCUACUGGUUUCAGAAUGAUGACAGUUGGAGAACCAUUAGAUACAAUGGAAUGGAAGAUACCGAAGAAAUCCUGGCUGUUGUUUUUCUGGGGCCAUUGGCGCUCUUAAACAGUUAAUUGUCAGUGGUAGGGUGACUACUUGAAUCGUGAGCGCGCGCAGGAGGACGGAGGAGCGCGCGCAGGAAGACGGAGGAGCCUCUGUCUCGGCCUGCAGGAGGGGCUGAAGGUGACUCUCUUCUCGGCUGGGAUGCAGAGCGAGCUGCUGGGGGUCCGUCCGGCCCGCUACACGGUGCUGCUCCGGGAAUAACGAUAAGCAUCAACCAAACCCGCGAACCUGCUGCGUGUAUUGGCCAUUUUCUUCUUUGUAAAGGACACAGCUAGCAGCUAGCAGAAAAGAGGGAGUCUCUCUCUCUCUCUCUCUUUCCCUCUCUUUCUCUCCCUCCCUCCCUCUCUCUCCCUCCGGUGGUGGCCGUGUAUGCAUGUGUUCUGCACCGUACGGGCGGAAAAAGCGCCCAAGAUCAGCAGGGAGCAUUUUUCCCAUCAGUAAAGUGGCGCAGACGGAGCCGGAGCGCCGGGAGAGCACGGAGGAGGCCGUGGACGGCAGCAGGAUGACAGUGCAGGAAUUCAACACCCUGGUAGCGCUGUACCGGGAGCAGGUGAUAUCCGUCGGGGAGAUCUCCGCCGACUGUCCGUCUCUGCGGGCUCAGAUGUACUACACCCGGUCCAAAGGCUGCUCCAUGGCCCGGGCUGCACACCACGACCUCACCCUCAUCUCUGUUUCAGGCCUAGAGGACGGAGAGAUCCACCCUGAGAUCUGUCGCCUCUUCAUCCAGUUGCAGUGCUGCCUGGAGAUGUUCAUAACGGAGAUGCUCAAAUCCAUGUGCCUGCUGGGGGUGCUGCAGCUGCACAGAAAAAGAACGGACUCCGAGCCGAGGUUGGACCUGAGGAUGGAUGAAAGCUCGGACGUUCCCAUCCUGGAAGAGCGAUCGUCCUCCCCCAUCGACUUCCCUCAGGAGCAGUGGCUGGUGGGAAUGGAUAUUCAAAAUAUAGAGAGAGAUAUGCGAGAGAUGCGAAACCUACUCAGCAAAAUCAGGGACACGAUGCCAUUGCCACUGAAAAACCAAGAUGACAGCAGCUUGUUGAAUCUGACCCCACCCCCGCUGAUCAGACAGAGGAAGAGGCGCUUCCCCGGCCUCUGCUGCAUGGUGUCUGGCUGAGCACCUGAAGGCAGCACUACACUCAACACACAUUUUUUUUUUUUUUCUUCUUUUUUGUUAUGUAUAUAAGAGAGUCAUUAAU